AAGACCCAGAUUCCGGAAAGUUUUCCUUCUUCCUUUUCUUUUUGUAUAAUUAUAAAUAUGUAGUCAUAUAUAUACAUAUACGUUGGACAUUUCGUGUAACGAUGGUGUAACGUAGCCAUAUCAACAUACGUAGGCGAGUUGAUAGGAUUAGGGGGGAAACUCGUUGUUUAUUUAUAUGGAUAAUAUGUUCUGUGAUUUUAUUUUUGUGUGGUCGUUGACACUCGUGUUGAUAGAAACAUAAUUUGCCAUUUGAUAUUGAAAAUUCGUAGAGACUAACUAGAUUAUUGAAAUCUGUAGAAUGAAGAGAACUUGAAGAUGAGGAUGAAUUAAUUGGAUACGCUCACAUUGCGACAAUUGAUAUUUGCCCUUAUAAUCAUUGAAGAUUUUUUGAGAUUGCUGAGAUGACACGUGAAAACAACAUAUUAUUUAUGUUUAUUUUUUUCUCUCGACUCAUUGAUGAUCGUUCUACGAUCAAUUGUUCGUGAACUUUUGUUGUCCUUAUCAAUAAUUACUUGGAAAGAAUGGCCAUUCGAAUAAUUCUAGAAUGUGGCCAUGUAUCGACGUUGAGACCGAGAACAACUCUUGAAGGCUAUACACACGAUUGGGAAGUGUUUGUACGUGGUAUCGACAAUGCUGAUAUAAGUCAAUACAUUGAAAAAGUCGUGUUUCAACUGCAUGAGACUUUUCCGAAGCCCAAGAGAACAUUUAAAGACGCACCAUAUGUUCUGAAAGAGUCCGGUUAUGCUGGAUUUGUUCUACCCAUUUAUAUUUACCUUAAAAACAAGGAUGAGCCUAAGAGAAUAGAGAUAUCGUAUGAUCUUACAUUACAACCUAGUGGACCUGCUAUUAAUAAUGUUAUGAGACACUCUGAAAUCAUUACAAAUCCUCCUGAUGAUUUUAGAAGGAAGCUGCUCAAAGGCGGUGGUGUCUCUGUGUCAACAUCCAACGAGCCCCACGAUAAGAGUGAAUCAAAGGUAUCAGUUCAAAUGGUGGGCAAACCGAAAUUAAGUGGUGCAGAGGCAAAGAAGCAUCGACCAAUCGAGCCACGUACCACAAAUCAAUUCGCUGAUCUAUUUGGUGUCCCCAUCAAAACGGGAAACAAAAUUUCCCCGGAGACUAAAAAAACUCAGGACAAGACCAAUUAUCACAAGGCACCACCAGAGAAAUCGGACAAGAUCGAUAAGUCGAGCAAAUCAAAGUACAGUCCCCACAAGGACAAGGACAAGAAAGAUAAAAUUGAUGAUAAAAAGGAAAGGAAAGACAAAGACGUAUCAAAAGAUAAGGACAGGUCAAAGGACAAAGUCAAGAGGCCACAGAGUCCACCUAAAUCUGAUUACCAAAGCCCUGUUCCCAAGAGGCCCCAGUCACCUGGAUCAAAAAAACAGCUGAGUCCCCACGAUUCUAAUGUUCAAAAAUCCUCAUCUCCUAAAAUCAGAGAAAAAGACCACAAGAAAUUAUUGGUAGAUCGGGAAAAACACCCAGAGAAGACUAAAGACCCAGUAAAACCUUCUGAGGAUCUCAAAGCAGAUAAGAAGAAGAAAAAGCACAAGGAUGACAAGGAGUCAGAGCGAAAGGAGAAAAAUCGAGAGAAGAACAAGGAAAAAUCCAAGGAGCCAAAACCUACUGAGAAAAAAUCAGAGAAGCAUGAGAAGCUGGAGAAACCAGAAAAGGAAAAACUCCAGGAAAAUCGUCCUCAGAAGGAUGUCAAGAAAUCUCCAAAGCCCUCGAAGGAUGGUGAAAGAAGUUCCUCCAAGAUUCGUCCCGAGGUUGACAAGCCUAAAGAUCAAAAAAUUGAUAAAGAACGUCAGAAGCAUAAACACAGGAAGAAGGAUAAGAAGGAGAGGAGUGACGACAGUAGGGAGAGAGAAAAACGAGACAAGAAGGACAAACAAAAGUCGUAUGAUAAAGAUGGAGCUGCUACUGCUCCAGCUGCUAAUCCUCUCUCGACUCUUUUAGCUGAGGUACAGGACAGGGAUAGUAGUGAUUCGAAUUCCGGGGACGAGGAGGAGCAUAAACCAGUGAUGAAUAUUAAGAACGAACCAGAGAGUAGCAGACUAGUUCCUGAGGCGAGAUUAGCCAGACCAGCUUCACCCAGUGCUUCUUCAGCGAAGAUAAAAAAUGAAAAAGUAAAAAGAGAAAAGUCCAAGCCACGUUCAGAGGACAGGGAGAGAAAGAGAAAAAGAAGAAGUGACAGUAAGGGUGAUGAUGAUGUUCCAACUAAGAGGGAGAAGGAUCCAGGCUUGUCACCACCACUGGAGCCAGUCUCAUCAAGUCAGUCUCCAGUUGCUGCCGAGAUGGCAGCAAAUUAUAAUACCAGUAUCAAGGAACAAGAUGAAUUACAUAGCAAAGAGGUUUUUGAGACUGAACAAAUAGCACCAGACUCUACCAAUAAUAUGCUCGUCGAAUCAGAGGGCGAUGAGCCUCUGGUUUUCUCAGAUGAUUAUGUUUCACAGCUGAAAGACUUGCAGCAAAAGAUCAUGACCCUACAGGACAAUCAGGAGCUGCAGAGGGUUGUACAAGUGAUUGCUGCCACUGGCCAGUAUGAAAUAACUAGAAAGACCUUUGACUUUGAUCUUUGCGCUCUUGAUCGCAGGACUGUUCAACGAUUACAGGAAUUUUUCUCCGCUUCCUGACAAGUCGAUGAGUAAUUAAUUGGUUAUUUUUUUAUGGGAGGGGGAAUUAUUGUUUGAUUUUUUUUUCUUCGUGGUUAUCUGGGUGAAUCGUCUCUAUUUAUUGAUGAUGAGUGGCGAUUGGGGGGAGUAAGAGGAGGCCUCUAAUUCUUUGGAUGCGAUUCGAUCAUUGAAAUGUUGUGGCAAUAUUUUCAUGUGGAAAUAUGUGCUGUAUUUUCAACUGGAAAUAUUUAUGAGUGAGUAGAGCGAGUAGAUUAAACCUCUUACUUCACUCGAUCACGAGAAUUUGUAGGGAAUAAGUAGAUUCAAAUGUUAUGUAAAUGUUAAAACAACUUGUACAUUACGUUGCGCCAAACUGAGUAGUUUAGGACUGAAUUAUCUUUUAUUCAACGCUGUCCAAGACAUUGCCAAAUAGUCACAUUUAUUCUUUUCAUUGUGAAUUUCUUGACAUAAUUUGAGUGAAGAGAAAAUAAGUGAGUGAGAAAUUUGAAAUCUCUUCUGGAAGAUUUUUAUUAUGAUAAAAAUUUGGAGGGAUCGGGUUUAGGGUAUAUAGUGUGAUUAAGAAUUGCAACAAAAUAUAUACUCAGCCUCGUGACUUUAAUAAAUUAUAUUUUUUGAAUAUAAAUUGAACAACUUUUCGUCAUUAAGGGAUUUUACGUUAUCCUGAAAGAGUUGAAGAAUUUCGAGGGAAAAUUUCCCUUGUCUUAGUCCAGCAUAAUAGGGCAUAUUGAUAUAAUGUAAUUUAUUGAAGAGAUAUUGAGAAAAUUGUCUUUUUAGAUAAGCACAAGAAUUAAUUAUAAAUUUUAAUUUAGGUUUGAGGGAAUAUGAGCUUAAAUUUCUUUAAUUUUAGUGAAUGCAUGUAUUUUUGUCCAAAUGGGUGAGAAAAAUUGUAUUUAUAUAGGGGCCUAGACAAAAUCGACAUUUUUCAUAUUUAAUUUUUUUCCUUUUUGAAACCUGUAACAGUAUCAAAACGUUUUGUUAUAUAAAAA